UGCACACCUCCACUAUCUCUCCUACGUCUUCUACCAUACACCCUCUCCCUAACUAUUCUACAAUGGCCUCCCAAGACACCGAGUACGCUCCGCCCGAAAUGAACAUCGAAAACGCCCCCGCCCCCGUUACCGAGCUCUCGCCUGAGCUUCUCGCAGCACUUCGCAAACGAUCCGACACCGUGCUUUCCUACCUCGUCUCCACGAACUCUGUUUCGACGUUCUUCAAGGAAUCGGACACUUUGUCCUCGUUCCGCAAAGCCCUCAGCACCGAAGAUUACUCCAAGCUCCCCGAGGACCUCUUCGAGGUCUUCAACUCCAACGUUGAGCUCAGCGAGUACAAGCACUACCAGCCAUUCGUGUCACGAUUCUUCGAGAAGCCAUGCAAGGCGGCGGACGUAGAGAACCUGAUGGCCCCGGGUAUGCCCUUCUUCAUUGCUCACUCGUCUGGCACGUCCGGGGGCGCGACGAAGCACUUCCCCAAGUACCAGCACCCGAAGCACAUGUCGACAUCGACGGCGCAGACGAUGGCCGCGUCGAACCCCGUCAGCAAGACUGGAGGGAAGAACUGCGUCGUCUACUCGCUUGGAUACCGGGAGGUCGUCGCGCCAGUUGACGAGAAGGACGAGCCCGUCGCGCACAUGCCCGUGUGUUUGAUGUCCUCCGGCACGAUCCGCAUGCACAUCGGGAUGCAUCAACCCAAAGACCAGUUCUACCAGAAGAUCAAGGUCCCCAUCAACACCUCACCGCUCGCCGGCUCUUUUAUUCCCGAUUACAAGUCGUUCCUGUUCAUGCACGGCCUCUUCGCGCUCGCUGAACGCCAAACCGAGCUCAUCAACACGAUGUUCUCGACUAUCUUCCGUGACCUGUGCAGAGUGUUGAUCGAGCAGUACGAUGUGAUGGUGGACUGCAUCGAGAAGGGCACUAUUCCUGACCUGCCUGGAACUGACCAUGUUCACGACAACCUCAUGCAAUUUUGGAAAGCGGACCCGGAGCGUGCUGCGGAGCUGCGCAAGAUCACGAACAACACGGAGGAGGAAGGCUGGCUCAGGAGGCUCUGGCCCGGGCUUUCCAUCGUCGUCGCGAUCUCCAGUGGCUCGUUCGGCAGUGUGCUCCCCGAGAUCACGCACUAUAUGGGCCCCGAGGUGAACCUCCGCACGCUCGGUAUCAACUGUAGCGAGGCGUUCCUCGCCCUUGCAUACGACGCAAAGGACAAGAGCCUGUACAAGGUCGUCGGCUCCGAUGAUAUCAUCGAGUACCUGGACAUCGACGCGCCUGAAAACGCGAGCGGCCUCUCACCAGCGUGGGAAGCUAAGAUUGGCAAGAAGUACGAGGUCGUUCUGACCACCCGGGACGGCUUCUGGAGAUACCGCCUUGGUGACAUCGUCGAGAUCGUGGGUUACGAUCCUCGUGACGGUCAGCCUAUCAUCCACUACCUCGAGCGUCGCAAUGUGCACAUCCGUCUUGCGAAUGAGAUCACCACGGAGGCCCAGUUGUCCGCUGCCGUACAGUCCGUCUCGAAGGAACUCGGAAACGUCUCCGAGUUCUGCGUGAUGCCUGACUACCGAUACACUACGCCCCGUUAUGCGUUCUACACUGAGACGCAGAAAGACAUCCCCGGCGAAGCAAGCGUUAUCCCUGCCAAGCUGCACAAGUUCCUACAGUCCGCGAACGAGAACUAUCUCAAGGACAGCAACGCAGGGAAGAUUGCUGUGCCUAGUGUGCACGUGCUCCAACCGGGUACUUUCGGCGAGUACCGUGAGUGGAAGAUCAAGACGAUGAACAUUUCGUCUGGACAGGUGAAGGUGCCGCUCGUCGUGUGGGACGAUGUGACGCGCAAGUGGCUCGAGGAGCACCGUGUCCAGGAGGUUGAGGCUGCAUCCGCAUAAGUCAAAGGGGGGGAGACUACUAGUGAGCAUCUAUCUUAGCUUGAUCUUAGUUUUAUUUUUUCUUUCGCUUCUAUCUGGAUCAUAUCUACUUAUUUACUAUAUGAUACGCAUGUGAGGUAGUUCCCGAGAAAAACUUAC